CUUCAAGAAAGAAAAGCACAGGAAUGAGUGCUCUCCAAGUGCUUGAAGCCACCAUUGAGAGUGCCAGCUGUAUCCAGCCCUAGGGCUGGCUUACACAGCAGCUGCACACAGCUGCCUGUUUCACCAUCUCCAUACAUGAAACGCGUGGCCUUGCCUGGAUAGUGAGUCAGGAGGAAGGCAGGAUGCCCUUCGUCAAGAGCACUUGUUUUGAAAAGCUCUUGAACUUGCAGCAGAUCAGAAGGCCAGGGGAAACUUGUCCAGCCUUUCAACCAGUGGGACACUGGUGUUUUGGAGAUGUUGCUUUGGAUGUAAGUGCUCUUCUUAUAGUACAGAGGCAGCGAUGGUCUUGGGUGUUGGGGAUUUUGGGGGCUGUUUGGCAGUGAGGAAAGAAAACAAAUCUUGGUAUGGCAAAACAGAUGAACCUUAAAAAUGAUAUACCAAUAAGUAUUUGUAGUGGGCUAACUAACACUACCCUGCCAGCCAGUCAUCUGUGGAGUUGGGACACUGAAGCUAAACAAACUCAUGCUGUCUGAAGAUAUGACCCACGUGUAGAUUUCAAACCAAGUCAGUGCGCUAUGAGGAUGCUAUUUUUGCACUUACUUUGAAUUUGAAAUGAUGACACAGUCUCGGUUCUUAGUCAGCCAGACUUCUAGUAGCAGUGGAUUUUUCUUAAAGGAGUUGGGAGAGUGACUCAAGGUGGAAAACUAGGACAAACAGUUGUUUUCCUGUUUUGUCAAACAGUGUCUGCAGCCUUAAACAAGUCAUACAAUCACAGAAUCGUUUGAGUUAGAAGGGACUCUUAAAGGCUACCUGAUCCAACUCCCCUGCAGUGAACAGGGACACCUACAGUUACAUCAGGGUGUUCCAGCCUCACAACAAAUAAACACAAAUAAAGUGUUUAUUUGUUGUUUUUAAAGUAGUCUGAAAAUGAAAGACAUCCGCCUGCUUCUGUUUUGCUGUUGGGAUUUAUUGUCCUAUCUAGACCUAAAGCUUUGGUUUGGACCCAAGAGAAGUUGCCCUGUGGGCAGAGUGGCUGCUGGUGGGAGUGGGGCUCCUUCUUGGUCCCAUCACAGCUGAAGGCUCUUAGCAGGAGUGCUACCUUUUUUCCCCUUUUCUUAACAAAUGUAAAAUGCUCUAUAGCUUCCUCGGCCAUUGGAGAGGAAAAGGAGAGGGACGGAGAUGCUGCAUCUUCUUGUGGUGCCUGCAGUGCUGAGUCUUUGGCGGUGACAGGUUGCCCUAAUGGCUGCACGUGUUGCCUUGCUUGUGUUCUGCUCACCAAAUCAGAUACCCCUAAGAUUUAUUCUGACUGGUUGAACCCUCUGACAAGCUUUUAGCUGCCUUUUUUUAAUUAUUUUUUAAUGGAAAAGAAAAAACCCAGCUUGAUUAACACCUUCCUCCCCCUCCCACCUUUCUCAGAGUGGAAUUUCCCUCCCACAGCAACACGUGGCUCAAGAGCAGGAUCAGCAGUGUUCAGAGCAGUUCCAGGGAUGUUGUGGUCUGCAAAUCACAGGGUAGAAAAUAGAGUGCCACUGAAGAGGCUUCCCAGGCUUGGACAGUGUGUAUGGAGGCCAGAGUGUACGACCCUGUAAUAGAGACUCAAGGCCACUCUGAAAACCCCCUGGCCAUCCAAAAGAGGGAAAUCACAAAAUAAUGAGAUCUGCUAGAUACAAGCCAGCCUAAAGGAUGUGCUGAGAAGCCCCUAGAUGUGAGAUGCUGGAGGCGACAGAGAAAGCAUGGUAAAUGCAGCAUCUCCCUGGGAUCCAUGGGCUCUUUGAGAGAUGAUCAGAGGGAGGCCAGAUGAUCUGCAAAACACACGCACCACUGUUGCUUGUCUGCAAAGGCAGCAUCGGAGCGUUCUCCCCAGCCCCGCACCGCCUGGCUUGCCCGAUCGCUUCCGGAUGUUUCGCAGUUGCGAGUGGGAGGUCCUGGAGCGAUCCCUCAACAUCCUCCAGGCCAGUGACUUCUACUGGGGCCCGCUGUCCGUGGGGGAGGCCCACGCCAAGCUGCAGCGGGAGCCCGUUGGCACCUACCUGGUGCGGGACAGCUCGCAGGGGAAUUGCUUGUUCAGCCUGAGCGUGCGGAUGCCUACUGGGCCCGUCAGCCUCCGCAUCUCUUUCCAAGAGGGUUAUUUCCGUCUGAAGAACUGGUUUUCGGACUGCGUGGUCCGGCUGCUGGAGCUGGUGGUGGCGGGGACCCGCAACAACCCCUUGCACUUUGAUGAGAUGGGGGGAACUCCUCUGGUCUUUUCCGAGCCCUUGUGCCGGAGCCGCCGGACUGUGCCCACGCUGCGAGAACUGUGCCAGCGGCACCUGCCCGCUCCCACCGCUGCCAUGCGGACGUGCCCACGGGAGGCGGCGGUGUCACCCCUGGAUGGGAGAGUGGUCCCCAGCCCCUCUGCAGCUGGCACUAGGAGAUGAUGCCGGGUAUGUGAAGGCGAAGGGUUGCACACGGCCACGCUGGAGGGGCAGGGUGCCUGCACCCAUUGGCUGCAAAAGCUGUGUCUUCAAACAUGCACAACAUGCCUGACCUUCCCCCAUAUGGCUGGGGUGAAGCCAAGCCUGAAGAACAGCUCUUCCCACCCCCAAGUCCUGCUCUUGGCUCCAUUCAUGACUAAUAAGCUUGAGAACAGGGCGAGCUGCCUGUCCUGCCAGGUCAGCCCCACUACCCAAAGUGCCUAAGCUAGUUUAUGCUGCCAGUGUGCCUUCGUGAAGCCAUAUGGCCCCACAGUGCUGCAUCCUGGGUAUUG